UUGAUGUGGAUGCUCUUACUCCCAUUUCCAAAACACAAACAAAAACCAUCUAAAAAAUGAGAGAAGAAACUUUCUUGUUCCAAUGGCGUUUCUUAGCCUCUUGUUUCAUCUUCUUCCUCAUCCUUCCUCAAGCUUUCACUUACAAUACUCCUCCCAUCAACCCCUGCUCCCCACAUGCUCCUAAUUGGUUUCCUCCCAUCGCAAACCCAAGGCUCUUAAAAGCUUACGCAGCUCUUCAAGCUUGGAAAUUCACUAUGACUUCAGACCCAAACGGCUUCACCUCUAACUGGUGUGGUCCUCAUGUUUGUAACUACACAGGCGUCUUCUGUGCACCGACUCUAGACAACCCGUACCUCUUAACCGUAGCCGGUAUAGACUUAAACCAUGCCAACAUCGCUGGUUAUCUCCCAGAAGAGCUUGGUCUCUUAACCGAUCUUGCCUUAUUCCAUAUCAAUUCCAACCGGUUUAAAGGUCAACUCCCUAUGUCUCUAAACUGCCUCAAACUUCUCCACGAGCUUGACGUCAGCAACAAUAAACUCUCCGGCGAGUUUCCUUCCGUAGUCUUCACGUUACCUUCUUUAAAGUUUCUUGACAUUAGGUUUAAUGGUUUCUACGGUGAUAUUCCUAGCCAACUCUUUGACCUAAACCUUGACGCUCUCUUCAUUAACAACAACAACUUCCGGUUUAGGCUACCGGGAAACAUAGGAAACUCUACAGUUUCGGUUCUUGUCUUAGCCAACAACGAUCUCCAAGGAUCUUGUGUACCUCCGAGUUUCUACAACAUGGGGAAAACGUUACACGAGGUCAUUCUCACGAAUAGUCAGAUUAGCGGUUGUUUAAACCGAGAGAUCGGUUUGCUAACCCAGUUGACGGUUUUUGACGUGAGUUUUAAUAACUUGGUCGGUUCUUUGCCGGAGACUAUGGGUGAUAUGAAGAGUUUGGAGCAGUUAAACAUCGCUCAUAACAAAUUCUCCGGCUACAUUCCGGAGGGCAUCUGCCGACUACCGAACCUCGAGAACUUCACUUACUCGUAUAACUUUUUCUCCGCCGAGCCACCGGUUUGUCUGAGGCUUCAGGAGUUUGACGACCGUAGAAACUGUUUACCGAUGAGGCCAAUCCAACGGUCCCCCGCCGAGUGUAGAUCUUUUUCUUCAUAUCCUAUUAAUUGUGCUUCCUUUGGCUGCUCUCCGCCUAGUCCUCCACCACCACCACCGCCUCCUCCACCACCGCCACCACCACCGCCUCCUCCACCACCGCCACCACCACCACCGCCUCCUCCACCACCGCCACCACCACCGCCUCCUCCACCACCUCCGUCACCACCACCAUAUGUGUAUUCAUCGCCUCCUCCGCCACUAUACGUGUAUCCUUCCCCUCCUCCGCCACCAUAUGUGUAUGCGUCACCUCCUCCUCCACCAUGUGUUUAUCCGUCACCUCCUCCGCCAUCAUAUGUGUAUCCUACACCUCCGAGUACUCUAUCACCGCCGGUGCAUGACUAAGGCGUCUUUUGACCGAAUGGAAUGCCAUCUGUUUUACGUUACGUAACGCUAGUGUUCACUAAAUUGUUUCUUGUUUGACUAUUUAUUCUCUUGUAAUUCAUUUUUGAGAAGUUAACAUUAAAUGCUUGUGUGGAGAAUUUUUUAUUUAUUUACAAAUUGAUGGAAGUUAUGCAUGGUCUUCUGGGAAAGACGAAUUUGUUGGAUAGUUAUUUGGAGUGGAUGUUUUAAAAUUUCGUAAUAUCCAUUGUUUAACAUUUGUGUUAUUCAAAUUUGUAAAUCCGUUUGUGGGUUUGUUGUGUAGUUUGAAAUGCAGGUUCUGUUUUUUCGUUAUCGGUAUUGAUGCUAGAGUAUUAUAAUUGUGUGGUGCAAUGGAUUUAUGCAUGUUUAAGAAACUUUCCAUGCAGGACAUCUAUAUUAUUAUUUGAAAAGUAAUUUUUAUGAUUUGUUAUGUUUUUCAUGAUUUUAGGUUAUUUUAUUUAUUUGUCAUGUUUUAAGUAAUUUUAGUUGUCAUUAAUUUAUUUGUUAUGUUCUUAGUUAAUUUUCAUGUUUGAAACUACGCUAGGUGUGAGUCGGGCGGUUGGCCUACGCCUAUCGAGUUAAUAGAAAAUCGGAGAUUAGUAUUUAGUACUUAUCUUAAUUUUCGUAGAAAUGUAUAUCAUAAAUAUUUACCUGUGAGAUAUCUCCUAAGUAUUUAACCUGGUCCAGUGGAAAUAGGGGCUUUUAAUAUAGGGGAUGAUGAGGGUUCUGAGUACCACAUGCCCAUUUUUGUUUUAUUUUAUUUUUUCUUUCAUUAAUGGCAAAUUCAUAAUUAAGUUGCCUUCUUCUUUCUAGGGUUUUCACUUCUUCUGCGAUUUUUUAAUGGCCGCCUCACACCUUUUAACAAUAAUACAUCAUUUUCCUUGCGGAUUUCUUAUCAUUUAUAAAGUAUAGAUCUGUUACGUAACUUCAAUUUUCAAGCGUUUAAAAUCCAAAAACCCAAACUUUUUCUAUGAAUCCGAUUUUUUUGGCCGAGUUUAAUGAAAUCGCCUCUGUUCUUCACCGCCUAGCGUUGCACCGCCAUUUAAUCGGCCGAGUUAGCCGCGUUUUCGAACAUGAGUUAAUUUUAGUUGACUCAUUAAUUUAUCAGUUUAAAUAAUAUUAUUAUUUUAACUUUGUAAUUGUAUAUAUGUUUAUGUGUCAUGUUCUCCAUAAUUUUAAGAUAUUUUGUUUAUUUGUCAUGUUUUAAGUAAUUUUAGCUGACUUAUUAAUUUAUUUGUCAUAUUUUUAGUAACCAUAUCUAGAAUUUCGUUAACUAAAAUAUAUCAGCUUUUUUUUGUAGUUUCAUGUAUGUUGAUAGUUUGAAGAGGUAAAGAGGGUUAAAAGAGACGAAGUUUCACGUUCUUAUUUUACUUUAUUACAUAGAAUGUUUGACAUGUGGUUAUGUCUUCGUAGUCUUAUAGAUUCUAUUGGUGAUAUUCUAUUGGUGUUUAAAAACACGAAGAUUAUUAGGAAAAUUAAAAAAUAAUUUAUCAUGCUGGUUUUUAAAUUCGUAAGGUAUGUACUAAUAAAUAUUUGUAAGAUGAUUAUGCCCGCAAGUGUGGAUAGAACACAUAGUAUUAAAUAUAUAUGUUGAAAACGGAUGUGGACGAAUUGUUAUCUUAUAAGAGUGAUACUAGAAUUUUACCUGCGUUUUUAAAACGUAAAAUUAUUUUUGAAACAAACAAAAUUUAUUUGAUAUAAAUUUGUAUUUUUGAUUGUGUAUCUACAUUUAAAUUUAACAAAUCUAUACCAUUAAAAGGGAAGGAGUUUUAAAAAAUCUACCUAUCAAAAGUUGUUGGACCCUUUCAUUAGACUUAGCUAUUUUUUUGGUCUCACCUUAUAUUUCUCUAACUAUGCAAUAAUCAAUUAUCUUAUAUUUCUCUAACUAAAAAAUAAUCAAUGCUCUUAUUUAUUACUCAACUUACUAUGAUACACCAAAAAAUUAUACAUAACUCCAUUAUACUAAAAUAUCAUCUUACCAAAACAUGUCUCAUGAAUCCAUAACCAAAACGUGACUGGUAAAUUUAAAUACCAAAACUAUAUUGUUCCUUGGUGCCACCAACUUUGCAACAUUUCACACUAUCAUUUAUUUUUUGACCAAAGGCUUCACUCUAUCAUUUUUUCGUUGAUCGAAAUGUAGUUUUUCAAAUGAAUAUGUUGACCUUUCUCAAAUAUUUAUCUACACAGCUUAUACAUCAUAGAUUCUCCUUGACUAACACUUCUAAUAGUUUUGACUAUAUUUUAAAGGAAGUUAUUUUGCAUACGGUUUAACAAUUUAUUCUAAAUAUAUUGUUAGAGAUUAUUUUGUGUACUUUAGUUUAACAAUAUAUUCAAAAUAUAUAUAUUCUAAAUAUAUUUUUAUGAUGAUUUUUGAUAAGAAUAUAUUAUAGAUGCGAUUGAAAAUUUAUAUUAUUAAAAGAAAAUAUUUUUAAAAAAUAUAUUAUAAAAGAAUUUAUAACAUCUAUAUAAAA